AACAAGAACGCCUGGCAAGAGAAGAGGCCGAACGUCUCGAGCAAGAGCGCCUUGCGAAAGAAGAAGCUGAACGCCUAGAGCAGGAGCGUCUUGCAAGGGAAGAGGCUGAACGUAUAGAACAAGAACGCCUUGCGAAGGAAGAAGCCGAGCGUUUGGAGCAGGAACGCCUCGCCAAAGAAGAGGCUGAACGCUUGGAGGCGGAGCGUUUGGAGCAAGAGCGACUUGCGAAAGAGGAGGCCGAACGUCAAGAGCAAGAGCGUCUAGAAGCAGAACGCCUCGAACAGGAAAGACUUGCCAAAGAGGAGGCAGAACGUUUAGAACAAGAACGGCUCGCCAGAGAAGAGGCAGAACGUUUAGAGCAAGAACGCCUUGCACGGGAAGAGGCCGAGAGACUGGAGCAAGAACGUCUGGCGAAGGAAGAAGCUGAACGUCUUGAGCAGGAGCGUCUUGCCAGGGAGGAAGCUGAACGCCUGGAGCAAGAACGUCUCGCGAAAGAAGAAGCCGAACGCUUAGAACAGGAGCGCCUUGCCAAGGAAGAGGCUGAACGUCUAGAGCAAGAACGUUUGGCGGCUGAAGCGGCUGAAAAGGCGCGAUUGGAGGCUGAGGAACUCGAACGCCAGCGACUCGCCCAGGAGCAGGCAGAACGGGAGGCCAGGGAAGCUGAAGAGGCAGAGAAAGCCCGCCUUGAAGCUGAACGAUUGGAACAAGAACGCCUUGCUAAAGAACAAGCUGAACGCGAAGCUAGAGAGGCGGAAGAAAAGGCUCGAUUGGAGGCAGAGGAACUCGAACGUCAGCGCAUUGCUGCAGAGGAAGCUGAGAAAGCUCGCCUUGAAGCUGAAAGACUGGAGCAGGAACGACUUGCUCAAGAGAAAGCAGAGCAAGAGGCCAGAGAAGCUGAAGAGAAAGCUCGCCUAGAAGCAGAGGAAGCCGAACGUCAACGCAUUGCCGCAGAGGAGGCAGAAAAGGCUCGUCUCGAGGCAGAACGUUUAGAGCAAGAACGCCUUGAACAAGAACGGCUCGCUCAAGAAGCAGCUGAGAAGGCACGUCUCGAGGCUGAGGAGUUGGAGCGUCAACGCCUUGCCCAAGAGCAAGCUGAGCGUGAAGCUAGGGAAGCCGAGGAGGCAGAACGUGCUCGCCUUGAAGCCGAACGAUUGGAACAAGAACGCAUCGCCAAGGAAGAAGCUGAGCGUCUUGCUAGAGAGGCCGAGGAAAAGGCACGUUUAGAGGCUGAAGAGGCAGAACGUCAACGUAUAGCUGCUGAAGAAGCCGAGAAAGCUCGUCUCGAAGCUGAACGUCUAGAGCAAGAACGGUUGGAGGCUGAACGCCUCGAGAGAGAACGACUUGAGCAAGAAGCAGCCGAGAAAGCGAGACUUGAAGCCGAAGAAUUGGAGCGCCAACGUCUGGCUCAGGAGCAAGCAGAGCGUGAAGCCAAGGAGGCUGAAGAGGCAGAGAAGGCUCGACUUGAAGCGGAGAGACUCGAAGAAGAACGCGUUGCAAAGGAGAAGGCCGAACGUGAAGUCGCUGAAGCCGCAGAGGCAGCUCGUUUGGAAGCAGAGGAAGCUGAGCGCCAACGUCUUGCUGCAGAAGAGGCCGAAAAGGCUCGAGCUGAAGCUGAACGACUUGAGCAAGAACGCCUCGAACAGGAGCGUUUGGAGCAAGAGGCAGCUGAGAAGGCGCGCAUUGAAGCUGAAGAGUUGGAACGCCAACGACUUGCUCAGGAACAAGCGGAACGUGAGGCCAAGGAAGCCGAAGAAGCGGAACAGGCUCGUCUGGAGGCCGAAAGAUUGGAGGGAGAGCGGAUCGCAAAGGAGAAAGCUGAGCAGGAGGCAAAGGAGGCAGAAGAGGCAGCCCGUUUGGAAGCUGAAGAACAAGAGCGCCAGAGGAUUGCUGCUGAAGAAGCCGAAAAGGCUCGACUUGAAGCUGAACGACUGGAGCAAGAGCGCCUUGCACAGGAGGAGGCCGCAAAAAAUGCCGCUCCCGUGACUGAGGAUGAUGGUUCCGCUCCUAAACAUUCAGAUGAGCCUCAUAUUGCUGCACCUAUUGUGGCCAAGUCCGAUGAAGCGGAGCUGGCAGCAGAGCCUGUCCACAACGGAUCCGCCGAUGCCACUAAACACGAAGACCAUGAACCCCAUGCAAAUGAUAAGCCAAAGCACGAAUAUGUCAAAGCCGACGA